CAGCGCCUCAAUCGAGUUGCAGAGACGACUCUGCAGAGCGCUACAAAGAGGCCGAGGACGAUCACGACCACUGCUGAAUCCUCCAUGAGGGACGCUUUCGCCAAAUACGCAGACUGCCUCAAUGAACUCACUGAUCAUCCAGCUGAUCCAAAGCAUGCUAUUGCUAAUGUGGGUCUAGGGGGAAUCCAAUACAUGCAGUACUAGAUGUACACUGUCUUGCCAUGCAUAAGACGGGCGAGCACAUUAUGCAUGUAUGUUGAAUGUAGCAAGGCUUGUGGACAAACAUUUUGAAUGAUAAACGGGAAAGGGUGGUAAAAGCAAGUCGGGAUAUCACCAUCAAUAGCAAAAAGGUCAUAUUCCAGGUGCACAGUGCUGAUGUUGCAACUUUAUUUUCCUACAACAGAAUGAGUAAACAUAACAAAGAGGAGGUUCUUGAGAAGGCAGAAAAAGAUCUGGCAGCUGUGACAGAUCAAUAUGUGGCCCGGCUAGUAAAAGAACUUGGGGGAACUGAUUUUUGGAAGCUAAGACGAGCAUACUCUCCCGGGGUACAAGAGUAUGUUGAAGCAGCGACACUUUUCAAAUUCUGCAAAACUGGGACUCUUUUGAAUCUUGGUGAGAUUAAUGGUAUCCUCUUACCAUUGAGUGAUCCUUCUCUGGACCCAUUGCAGAUUAAUGUCCUUGACUAUCUCUUGGGGCUUGCAGACUUGACAGGAGAGCUGAUGAGGAUGGCAAUUGGUCGGAUAUCAGAUGGUGAACUUGAGUAUGCUGAGAAGAUAUGCAGGUUUGUACGUGAAAUUCACAGACAGCUGACCCUUCUUGCCCCAGAUAUGGAUGAUAGUAAUGAGAUGAAAACAAAGAUGGAUACUAUGCUACAAAGCGUAGUCAAAAUAGAAAAUGCUUGUUUUAGUGUCCAUGUGAGAGGAUCGGAGUGUAUUCCGUUGCUUGGAUCGGAUGUUCCCAGUUACUCUUUGCUGGGGUUGUCUGACCUUGAAUGACGAACUUUUCUCAUCUGGAAACAAAUUGAGGAAAGAGUUCUCUUGGUAUAUCAGCCAGAAACCUCAGAUGCCAUGCACGUUGGUCUACUGAAUGGUAUGGGAGAUUGAUUUUUCAUAUCUGUUUUUGUUUUUACUCCUCGUAUGAAAUUUUUGAAAUGUUUUUAUGAAGACUUUAUGUGUGGUUCUGUUAUUGGAAACAUCAAGCUUUAAGUGAAUUUUUUGCCAAUA